AUGUCGUCUACGAGUCAUCUAACCGUGGCUGCAACUAGUGAGACGAAAAUCGAUAAAAACCAUCAACAUUUCAAUUGGCGCACUCUACCUUGUGACGGCUCAUCAAAUUUACUUCAUUUGUCAUCGUCUCCGACAACAAAUUCAAAAUAUCUUUAUUAUGUAAAUGCUGAACCAACUCAGAAACAAUCAAUACCACCGACUCCAUCAAUAACAGCGACUACAACAACAACACAAGUAACAGCAUCAAAUGCUCGUCGAAAACUAAGUACUAUUUCAUUAACAGUUCCUUGGUAUAAAAGAACUCGUUUACCUAGUGACGAUAAACUUUCACAAAAAUCUCAUAAAAUGUCUCGCGAUCGUUUAUUACCAUUAGACAAAUUAUUUAGUAGUGGUACAAUACAGAAAACAACAGACGAAGAACAAACUUCACCAAUAAAUGAUAUAAUUCCAUUUGAUGAAUCUAUAAAACUUAAUGAAAAAAAUAUACGACAUGUAAAAGAAAAUGGUUAUUUACAUAAUUCAUCACAUUUAAUGACCAGACUGCAAUAUACAACGAAAGGUACAAAAGCUCUACGUCUAUUGGGCGAUGGUGGUCGUAAAAAUAAUAAUGAUACACAGCAGGAUCAAACAUUUAAUCCAAAAGAAUCCGUCCUGUCUAAAAUUGCUCCACGUGGAAGUGCACAACGUCGUCUUCUACUGAAAAAUGGCGAUGUCAAUAUUUCCAGAUUUAAUAUUGAAAAACGUCGUCGUCAGUAUUUAGCUGACAUUUUUACAACAUUAAUUGAUUUAAAAUGGCGUUAUACAUUAUGUUUAUUUACUCUUGGUUUUUGUUUAAGUUGGUUAGCAUUUGCUUUGAUAUGGUAUUUAUUAAUGUAUUCAUAUGGAGAUUUUUAUCCCGAUAAUUAUAACUCAGCGAAUUAUUCUGUAUGUAUUGCUGGUGUACAUUCAUUUGCUGGUGCAAUACUUUUUUCAAUUGAAACACAACAAACAAUUGGUUAUGGUACACGUGUUGUUAAAGAAACUUGUUAUUUAGCUAUUGUUGUUAUGAUGGUACAAUCUAGUAUAGGUGUAUUAUUACAAUCAUUUAUGGUCGGUGUUGUAUUUGCAAAAAUUUCUCGACCUAAAAAACGUACAGAAACAUUAAUUUGGUCACGUGAAGCAGUUAUUUGUUUACGUGAUGGUCAAAUGACAUUACAAUGUCGUGUUGGUGACAUGCGUAAAUCACAUAUUGUUGAAGCACAUGUAAGAAUGUAUUUGAUAAAGAAACGUGUUACUUUAGAAGGAGAAAUAUUACCAUUACAUACAUAUGAUAUGAAUGUUGGAUUUGAUAAAGGUGUUGAUCGAUUAUUUUUAAUAUGGCCAUUAGUUGUUGAACAUAUAAUUGAUGCUCAAUCACCAUUAUAUAAUAUGAGUCGAGAUGAUUUAGCACAACAACGUUUUGAAUUAAUUGUUAUACUUGAAGGUAUUAUUGAAUCAACAGGUAUGACAACACAAGCUCGAACAUCAUAUUUACCAUCUGAAAUUUUAUGGGGUUAUCGUUUUGAACGUUUAAUUACAUUUCAACGUGAUGAUGGUUUAUAUCGUAUUGAUUAUUCACGUUUUAAUUUAAUUUAUCCUGUUGAUAUGAUAACAUGUAGUGCUAAAGAAUUAAAUGAUUUACAUGAAUUAGAAAAAUGGCAUGAAAAUAAUCAAAAUAAUAAUACACAUAAUAAUGAUAAUAAUAAUAAUACAAAAGAAAAUGAAAAUGAUAAUGAAAAUAUUUAUUUUAAAAUCGAUAAAUUAACAACACCAACAUCAUCAUCAUCAAUAGUUUGGCAUGAAAAAAAAGAAAGCACAUUGUGA